UUUGCGAUGGUAUGUUCCCAAAGAAGUACGGGAGCCCGGCGUCUGCUGCUCUCACUUCUGCUCAUCGCAGCCUGGGAGGCCGGGAGCGGCCAGGUCCACUACUCCGUCCAGGAGGAGGCCAAGCACGGCACCUUCGUGGGUCGCAUCGCGCAGGACCUGGGGCUGGAGCUGGCGGAGCUGGUGCCGCGCCUGUUCCGGGUGGCGUCCAAAGGCCGCGGGGACCUUCUGGAGGUAAAUCUGCAGAAUGGCAUUUUGUUUGUGAAUUCUCGGAUCGACCGCGAGGAGCUGUGCGGGCGGAGGGCUGAGUGCAGCAUCCACCUGGAGGUGAUGGUGGAGAGGCCGCUGAAGCUUUUCCAUGUGGAGGUGGAGGUGAAGGACAUUAAUGACAACCCGCCAAGGUUCUUGCGACAAGAACAAAGAUUAUUUAUUUUAGAAUCAAGAACAGUAGAUUCCAGGUUUCCGCUAGAGGGCGCAUUUGAUAUGGAUAUCGGAGCAAACGCAGAAUUGAGAUACAAGUUAAAUUCUAAUGAACAUUUUCAUUUGGAUGUGAAAACAAAUGAAGAAGGAACUAACUCUUUAGGGCUAGUAUUGACGAAGCCAGUAGACAGAGAAGAAACCCAAGAACUUCGUUUAUUACUGAUUGCAGUGGAUGGAGGAAAACCUGAACUAACAGGUACUGUUCAGUUAUUGAUCAAUGUAUUGGAUGCAAAUGAUAAUGCCCCAGAAUUUGAUAAAUCAGUGUAUAACGUUAGAUUACUUGAAAAUACACCGAAUGGGACGUUAGUUAUUAAACUGAACGCCUCAGAUGCAGAUGAGGGUAUUAAUAAGGAAAUAGUGUACCUCUUUAGUAAUCUUGUUCUUGACAAUGUAAAAUCUAAAUUUACAAUCAAUUCUAAUAGUGGGGAAAUAACGGUUAAGGGAGAACUGGAUUAUGAAGACUGUAAUUUAUAUGAAAUCAACAUCGAUGCUGUAGAUAAAAGUCCAUUCCCAUUAACUGGACACUGCAAAGUAAUAGUGAAACUCUUGGAUGAGAAUGAUAACACUCCGGAGAUGGCCGUAACUUCCCCAUCUCUGCCGGUCAAAGAGGAUGCUCCACCGGGCACCGUCAUUGCUUUGAUCAGUCUGUCCGACCGAGAUUCCGGAGCCAACGGACAAGUGACCUGCACCCUGUCGCCACACGUUCCCUUCAAGCUGGUGUCUACCUUCAAGAAUUACUACUCACUAGUGCUGGACAGCGCCCUGGACCGCGAGAAGGUGUCACACUACGAGUCGGUGGUGACAGCGCGGGACGGGGGAUCGCCUUCUCUGUCGUCCACAGCCAGCCUGUCCGUGGAGGUGGCCGACGUGAACGACAACGCGCCGCUGUUCGCGCAGCCCGAGUACACGGUGUUCGUGAAGGAGAACAACCCGCCCGGCCGCCACAUCUUCACGGUGUCGGCGCGGGACUCGGACGCGCAGGAGAACGCGCGGGUGUCCUACUCGCUGGUGGAGCGGCGGGUGGGCGAGCGCGCGCUGUCGAGCUACGUGUCGGUGCACGCGGAGAGCGGCCAGGUGUCCGCGCUGCAGCCUCUGGACCACGAGGAGCUGGAGCUGCUGCAGUUCCAGGUGAGCGCGCGCGACGCGGGCGAGCCUCCUCUGGGCAGCACCGUGACGCUGCGGGUGUUCGUGCUGGACGAGAACGACAACGCGCCCGCGCUGCUGCCUCCGGCUCCCGGCGGCCCGGGCGGUGCUGUGAGCGAGCUGGUGUCGCGGUCGGUGGGCGCGGGCCACGUGGUGGCGAAGGUGCGCGCGGUGGACGCGGACUCGGGCUACAACGCGUGGCUGUCGUAUGAGCUGCUGCCGGCGGCGGGUGGUGCGCGCAGCCCGUUCCGCGUGGGGCUGUACACGGGCGAGAUCAGCACGACGCGUGCCCUGGAGGAGGCGGACUCUCCGCGGCAGCGCCUGCUGGUGCUGGUGAAGGACCAUGGCGAGCCGGCGCUUAUGGCCACCGCCACUGUGCUGCUGUCGCUGGUGGACAGUGGACAGGCUCCUAAGGCCUCAUGGCGAGCGUCUUCUGGCCCCGUGAACGCGGAGGCGGCGCUGGUGGACGUGAACGUGUACCUGAUCAUCGCCAUCUGCGCGGUGUCCAGCCUGUUGGUGCUCUCGCUGCUGCUGUACACGGCCCUGCGGUGCUCCGCGUCGCCCACGGAGGGUGCGUGCGGGCCGGGGAAGCCCGUGCUGGUGUGCUCCAGCGCGGUGGGCAGCUGGUCGUACUCACAACAGAGGCGGCAGAGGGUGUGCUCUGGGGAGGGGCCGCCCAAGACGGACCUCAUGGCCUUCAGUCCCAGCCUACCUCAGGGUCCCAGCUCUGAAGACAAUGUGAGUCUCAAAUAUUUUAUUCAUGGUUAUUUUCGUCAUUUUUUUCAUAUUUAA